UCUUUUGGAUUUGAUUUGAAAACAAAACAUUCGCCAGUCUUUUCCACACGUUGUGCACUUUUAGUUUUAAGCGUAAAAGUUGCUUAAAACUUCCUGAAAAUAUCGGAAGUGCUUCCAGUACCGAUCAGGAAGUCUCCUAAAUCCAACCACCAGUCUAAAAACAGCCUCAAAAUUCACGAUAAAAUGAGAAAUUUCAAUUCACCGAAAUUCGGUCACUCAAUGGGAGACGAUUCCGAUGACGACGAUUUCGAUUCAGGAACCGAACCAGAGUUUCUAAUGGAACCAUACGCACUGGAAGAGUUUCCAAUAAUGGAGGAGAUUGUGGGUGAUGAUGAGGCCGAAGAAGAUGAAGGGUCGGAUUAUAAUCCGAAUGGAGACAUUCUGAUAGGAACAUCCUCGAGCGAUGAGGACUAUUCGGACAUUUCAGAUUCUGAAAAAGAACAGGAUGCGGAAGAUGACGCUGGCCCAGGUGGGGAGGACAGCAGCACAAAGAACAGUGCUCCUAAGCGGGCCAUCGAUGAUUAUGAUGAGGAAAUGGAGGACGAUGAAGUAAUCAGGGCCAUCAUUACGGAAAUUAAGAAACCAAGGUCGAAGCCUCCAGACAUAAAAACGGAUGAUUUCGUAACGGAUUUGUGCUUUCAUCCGGAUCAGGAUAUCUUAGCAGUGGGAACAACGACAGGCGAUGUAAUUGUUUAUAAGUUUACAAACGACGAGUGCACCAUCAUGAACACACACGAGGCUCAUACCAAAUCUAUCCGAGACGUGGAAUUCUCCUAUGAUGGAGAUGCGCUGAUUUCCACAGCUAGAGAUCGCUCGAUAAUGGUGACCGAUGUGGAGACGGGCAAGCUGAAAAGGUUUUGGGACGAUGCUCACGAGGAACCAGUCUAUACGAUGAGUCUGAUUAGCGAGCACACGUUCGCCACCGGGGACGAUGAUGGAGUGUUAAAACUUUGGGAUCUCAGGCAAAAUGAACCUAUUUUCAAGCUGAAAGAAGUGGAAGAUUUUAUCUCCUGUAUCAUUACGAAUGAUCAGAAAAAGCAUCUGCUAAUGACCAGCGGAGAUGGAUAUCUUACGACAAUUAACUUACCACAAAGAAAAAUGUUGGUCCAGUCCGAGCCAUACGAAGAAGAACUAACAUGUAUGGGAGUGUUCCGAAAAGACAGCAAACUAGUUGUCGGUUCGUCCAAAGGCAACUUCUACACUUUCAACUGGGGACAGUUUGGUUAUCAUUGUGACGCUUUUAUUGGUCCAAAGGCGGGGGUUAACAAGAUGGUCCCCAUAACGGAACGGAUAGCGGUUACCGGUGGCGAGGAUGGCAUACUUCGAGCAAUGCACCUGGUACCGGGGCGAGUGCUCGGCAUUGUCGGCCAGCACUCGUUGGCGGUCGAGACAAUCGACAUCAACAGCACCGGAGAGUUGAUCGCCUCCAGUUCGCACGACAACGAUAUCCGAUUCUGGAACAUUAAAUAUUUCGAGGACUUCGACGACAUCAAGUACAACAGCAAACCGGACAAAAAAGCCAUGAAGCACAAUUUGCCAUCGUCGAAGCAAACAAAUGCUGCAGAUUUCUUCGCCGAUUUGGCCGGCGGACAGAGUGGGACCGAGGGCGAUUAAAACCAGCGAAGCACGGUGUGAUGUUUUUUAUUUUAUUCGGAAAAGUGAUUGACUAUUGAUUUGUUCGGUCUCAUCGAGGGUAAGUUAAUUGUAUACUUAUUUGAGCAAUUCUUGUUCAUUGCAAAUUUUCUAUUUUUCUGUAAUGAAACGUUGUUAAGAGUUUAAGAAUGAAUCAGAGAAACUAAA